UUACAUUAUGUUUUGGUGUGGUAGCGCUAGACAUUUAUUUAAAGAAAAAAAUGAGGAACGGGAUGAUAGAUUUAUUUUUAGAACAACUACUUAUCUACGUCGAAAGUUUGAAUACAAGAGAAGAUGGUUAAAGAAACAGUAUUAUAUGAGAUUUUAGGAGUUGAAUGCGAUGCAAGUGUUGAUGAAAUUAGUGAUGCUGCCAUUGAUGGUUUUCAGAAAUACCACCCUGAUAAGAAAAAUGGUAAUCUUGUCAAAUUUCAACAAGUUCAAGAAGCAAAAGCUAUUUUAACUAAUAUAAAGUAUAGGGGCAACUAUGAUAAAUUCGGCUACCAAGGAACUUUGGAUUGUAUUCUUAAUUUUAAAAAACUUAAAUUAGAAGAAAAGAAAAAAGAAAAAGCCAAUGGAAAUGGAAAUGGAAAUAGUAGUACUAAUGAAGAUAAUCGUAACAAUCAAAGUCGAAGCUCUACGGCUAAUAGUGAUACUAGCACUAAUGGAGAUUACCACAAGAACCAAGGUAGUAGUUCAAGAACCAAUGGAAAAAGAAGCUCUGCUGAAAAUUUAUUGAAAAUAAAUAAGCCAGGUCAUAAGAAUGAAAGAGCUAAGAGUCCUGAGAUAUAUAUGGACAUAACCGUCACUUUGGGGCACUUAUAUCAAGGAUAUAGAACUUUGAAACUUACUAGGAAAGGCAAAAAUUCUCAAAAAGAUCAAUAUGAAUGUAAAGUAGUCCUUAAACCAGGUAUAACUAGUGGGGAAAUAGUUACUGUAAAGGAUGCUGGUGAUUACUUGGAAGCUACAAAUCUGUAUCAAUCAAUAAAUUUUAAAAUCACAAUUGCACCCCACAAAGAUUAUAGAAAACAAGGAUUUGAUGUAAUUAGAGUGGUUGGUAUAAGUUUUCAACAAUCUUUAUGUGGAUUUGAAAUUAAUAUAAAGGAUCUUGAAGGUGCUACCAUUCCCAUAAAUAUUCUACAACCAAUUGAGCCAGGUUAUGAAAAAACAUAUUAUGGGAAAGGUUUGAUAAAACUUAAUGGUGCAAGAGGUGAUUUAAAGGUAAUUUUUGAUAUAAACUAUCCUAAAUCCUUAACUACGAGACAAAGAACUGCUUUAAAUAGAUGGUUUGAAGAUUAUUAUACUGAUUGAACUUUAAUUGGCCUUGUCUGGUAAUAUUUAUAUUUGUAUAAUCUUUUACUAAAUUAAUUGAUCAUUAUACUGAUUCUCUCUUUACAUGUAGGGGCUUUUGGGUGUUAGAUCAGAUUUAUGAACCAAUUGGCACAAGAGGUAAUAUAAGUUAACAUUAGAUAAGUAGAAUUCGCAAAUUUUCUAUAAAUAUAAUAAAGGGGGUUUCUAUUUGAACUAUGAUACUACAAAGAAAAGCUAAAAGAAGAGGUUAGUCCUAAAAUUAAAAUGCAAUUGACAUUGUAUAC